GGGCUCUUUAAUGUAUUCCGGGGAGGGGUGAUAAAUUGGAAGGGAGAGGGGGAACACCUGUCCAGUGUGGUACCCAAAGGAUGCUUCCCGGAGAUAACUUUGGAAUUUUUUUUCCCUUUUUGCUUCUCUCAGAGUUGCACCUGCUUACACCAUGCCAUUCCGGUAUCUGAACAAGCAUAAAGGGCUGAUUCCUCUGGCAAUGAUUAUGACUACCACACUGAGUGGGAUGGCAUUUACUGGCAUCAGAGCCCUGAAAAGAUCAGAUAUCAUUAUUGAUAGGUGGCACAAUCCUGAACCUUGGGAAAAAGUGGAUCCCACCCAACCUCAAAAGCUGUUUACGAUCCGUCAGAAAUGGGAGCCCAUCCAAGAACUGGAGGAGGUCCGCAAAGUUUACAAGGGGUGAGGAGGACCCAUCCACCCCUUCCAAUACGGCACUCUCUGAAUCUAGUGGAAUCAUUUCUGCACAGACUAGAGGAUGGAAACCAGUGUGCGGAAAUGCUUCUGCUACAUUUUUAGAGUCUCUCUCCAUGAUGUUUGGAUUCUGGAGGAGAUUACUGUUGGUUUUACAGACCGCCCAGCCUAGAACUCUUAUUACGGGGGAAAAAGAAAAAAAAAAACAUGUUACAAGGGUGGCUUGUUGUAAAUUUGUUUUUGAACCCUGUCCUGUUUCUCAUAGAAAAGGCAGACCAGCAUUUCUCCAUGCGGGAGUUUUAAAAAGAGUUGGGUUGUUGUUAGAAAAAAAAAUACGUUGUCGUUUAUGUUUUCAAUAAACUUGGAAUUGAGUAUUUUA